AUGGCUCAAGCAGGGGACAUUGAGGGCGAAACUUCUGAAACUAUUGCGGAACUGACAAAAACUUACGGUAUGGGCUCAACUCUGUACGAAAAAAUGAAAGAAGCACGAGAAAAAUGGCGAAAAGAAGUGAUAAAUAUUGCGGUUAUUGGUCAAGCGAGGCAGGGUAAAUCUUCCCUAAUCAAUGCUUUUAUGGGGGAAAAGGUAGCCGAAGUCAGCGCUCUUGGAGUUACCACAACAGAUGUUAGGCCAUUCCCUCAUCCUUCCAACUCGAACAUCAUCUUGUGGGAUGUACCCGGUGUUGACGCUGUGAAUCACCAACGCGAUGUCUAUAUUGACUCAAUUGGAUACAAAGAGCAUCCGUAUGACUUUUUCCUGAUUGUCACAAAGGAUAUUUUUAGUUCGGACGCCAAAUUUGUAGCAGAAUUAGUUCAGAAGGAAAACAAGAAGUUCUACCUGGUGCGAACACAUAUUGAUCACUCAAUAAGGGAUGAGAAGGAGGACAACGAAGAUAUGAGUGAGGAAGAAGUGGUCGCAAAAAUUCGAAAAAAUCUCCAGACUGAGAUUGAAAGACUUGGAUUUGACACAGAGCACAAGGUGUACAUUGUAAACUGCCGAAGACCGAAGCAACUUGACUUCCCGAGGCUACAACGAGACAUUUGCGAGGAUAACGUGUCAACAUGGAAAAGAGAAGCGUUUCUGUUAACCAUUCGAGCAUUUGGUCAACAGAUGAUUGAUAUGAAGUUCGAUAUGUUCAAAACGCGAAUCUAUAAAGUUGCGCUUGCCUCGGCUGCUGGUGGCGCUAUUCCGAUUCCCGGAGUCGGUGCUAUGAUCGACAUGGUAAUUUUGAUUGAAGAACUCCUGACAUAUUUUGUCGGCUUCGGGUUGACAAGAGGGGCAAUUGCAAGCUUAGAGGAGCUGAAUGGAUUAGAGUCGGGAACCAUUGAGAGCGACAUUGCCGUUUCAAUGGAAAAAGAUCACAAACUGCUGUUUCUUAUACGCAAAGAAGCUCCUGACAGAAUUUUGUCGAAAGAAGCUCUAAAAACUGCAGCUUUGACAAUUGUCAAGACAUGCAGUGGAAUUAUUUUGACUGAACUGACAUUGAUAGCCGCCUCGGAGGCUGUCGAAAGUUCUGUUGCGUGGUUUCUACCAAUUCUUGGAAGCGUCAUUGCGGCUGGAAUAUCAUAUUCAGUGACUGCAUACCAACUUCGUUUGAUCCUAAAGGAAGUAAAAGAAGUAGCUGAGCUUAUCAAUGCUUGUAUCAAGUGA